ACAUUCGCUAGCAUUUUGUUGCAUUCUGUUUCACAUUCGUUUAGAGCGUCAUUUUAUCUCGCCAUCCAACGCGAAGAGCCAACGAAAUCGAAUGCUAACGAGAGCCUGUUUUCUGGCGACAAGUAAGACUGUUUCAAUCAAUACAGUAAGAAACAUCGCUGGAAUGUCAAAGUUUGACUUACCAAAUCGUUGGAAGGGCAAUGAAAAAUCCGUCUGGGUUGAAUAUAUCCAACUUAGUCUGCAAUACAAGCCACUGAAUUUGGGCCAAGGUUUUCCUGAUUAUCAUGCGCCGAAGAAUGUGACAAAUGCCCUGAUUGCUGUCGCUAAAAGUGACAAUCCACUUAUGCAACAAUAUACGAGAGGAUUUGGUCAUCCAAGGCUAGUGAAUGCUAUUGCAAAAUUUUACUCUAAAUUUAUCAGUCAUGAUUUGGAUCCAAACAAGGAAGUAUUGAUUACUGCUGGUGCUUACGAAGCAUUAUAUUCUAGUCUACAAGGUCAUACUAAUCCUGGAGAUGAAUGGAUUAUCAUUGAACCUUUUUUUGAUUGUUAUGUACCUAUGGUACAGUCUGCCGGAGGAAUUCCCAGAUACAUAGCAUUAAAACCAAAAUGUACAUCAGGCACAGUUACCUCUAGCGAUUGGGUAUUUGAUAGGAAAGAAAUGGAAUGUCUUUUCAAUAAGAAAACUAAAGGUAUCAUCAUCAACAAUCCACACAAUCCUACAGGAAAAGUAUUUACGCUGGAUGAAUUGCAAUUUAUUGCCGAUCUCGCAAAAAAAUGGAAUAUACUUGUUAUUUCUGACGAGGUUUAUGAGCAUAUGGUUUACGAACCGAAGAAGCAUAUAAGAAUUGCGACAUUGCCCGAUAUGUACAAACGCACAAUCACGAUUGGAUCAGCAGGGAAAACGUUCAGCGUUACAGGUUGGAAAAUAGGUUGGGCCUAUGGACCAGCGAAUUUGUUGUAUAAUCUGCAAGUGGUACAUCAGAACUCCGUGUACGUUUGUAAUACACCAAUGCAGGAAGCAAUAGCUAUCGGAUUUGAAUUGGAAAUGGAACGCUUAGGGCAACCGGAUUGUUACUUCCGCAGUCUGGCAAUGGAAUUAUUACCAAAGCGCGAUUAUAUGGCGAAAUUUCUCCGAGAAGUUGGUAUGAUACCGACGAUACCCGACGGUGGAUAUUUUAUGCUUGCUAAUUGGUCUGCAUUGGAAAACAAAACGAAAUUGCAUGAGGAAAAAGACGCGAAUAAAGAUUAUAGGUUCACUAAGUGGAUGACGAAGAAUGUCGGUCUUCAAGGUAUUCCUCCUACGGCAUUUUAUGGUCCUGAACAUAAAACUUUAGCAGAGUACUAUGUACGAUAUUGUUUUAUAAAGAAAGACGAAAAUUUGAAAGCAGCCGCCAAAAUCUUGAAGAAAUGGGUAUCCCAAUAAUUGAGACUAAGUACAUAUAUAAAUAUGUGCUUGUGUAUAAUAUGUAUACUCAAUGACUAUUAAGUGCUUCGUGUACUGAUUAAUUUUUCGAGUAUCUUUCAUGCUAUUCGAGCACAUUGUGUGCACGGAAAGUGUAAUUGAUAUAAUUAGAGAAAAUUUUUACAAUUUGACUACGAUUUUUAUGUGUAUUUAGCAUCUUAAAUUAAACAAUGUUUCUCAAUAUUUUAUAUUUGUGAUAUUCAAUUUACAAGCAUAUAUAAAUCUAAACAUUGUAAAUCUUUAUACAUUUUGAUGCAGUAUAAGAUUCAAUUAAGUGAUCUUGAAGUAUCUAUCAAUUACUGUCAUAAUUGAUAACGAUCGACCCAAAUAAGCAUUGUUGGAAAGUUAAAUUAUAGGUCGAAAUCUCUUCGAAGUCAUUUCUUGACAUCUUUUGAAUCAGCUCCGAACGUUUUACCGCAUCUACAAAGUAAAGACAUUGUUGAAAAAAAA